AUGGAGGCUGAUCGUCUUUUUACUGAGUCAGCGGGGGAAGAACCAAUACUAGAGGAAAUGUCUGAUCUUUUGGAACAGCAUAUAAACUACGAAUCUAGCCAAAUAUUGGGCAAAAGAGGUAGGAAUACUUCGCCUUCGGACCUUCAAAUCGAACAAAAAAAAGCUAAAGGAUGUGAGCAAGAAGGAGACUGGGAAGAAGUGAAAAGCAGAAAAGAGAAAUCUAAAGAAAUAAGAGGUAGUAUUGAAAUAUGUAUAACGUCUAAAGAGAAGUUCCCGAAACAGUUUGCCCUUGCCAAGUUAUUUAAAAAUCAGAACCUAAACAUAGUGCGAGUAAAAUAUAUCAAUUCAUACAAAAUAAUUGUAGAACUAUACGGAGAAAAAGAUGCUGAUUUAUUGAUACAGUGUGAUCAUCUUGUGGAAUUGGGCUGGAGGCUUUCAGCGACCAUUUGA